AUGAACAAUUCAUGGCCAAAGAAAACUGUUGCGGAGAUGUUGAUUGAACAACAGGUUUUUGCAAACAACAGAUGCUACACAUGCGGUGCACUGGUGUACGAUGUCGAAAAGAAGAAAACUUCGAAUCAUAUCUACCACACUCGAUGUUUUCGUUGUCGUAUCUGUAAACGGAGUCUUAAUGCGUCGUCGCUUAAUGAAGAGGGCGAUGAUAUCUACUGUGAAAAUUGCUAUCGGAAAAAACAACGAGGCGAAUGUAGUGGGUUGGACUUUCAACGGGCAGCACAUGAGCGCGCUCAAUUCAUUUAUAAUAAUCGGCACCCUGAUCAAGCGCCAAUCCAAAGUAAACCUCGACGACCUAUUCAACAUGAUUUAUCUCAACAUCCAUCAUGGACAUUGCGGCAAUUAGAAUUGCAAUUUCUCUCGAAUCCGAAACCGAAACCAAAACCGAAAGAAACUGCUCCCGAGCUGAUAAAUACGUACCAACUCAAAAAAUCUAGUUCAUUUCCUCAACCGCAACGUUCGAAAGUGACUUUUGUCAGCCCACCUUCCAUUAGAAAACUCGCUAGUAUACCAGAAGAAUCCCCGCCAACAUCUAACAAGAGCGUUUCAUCACUACCAAUAUUGUAUUCUGAUCUAAAACCGACUGUCAAACCCUUACAUGAAACUAAUACUUCAAAUCUACAAAAGACACCACCAGCUAAUAAAUUUGACAAAAUCAAAUCUCGAUUAAAUUUCACCUAUGACGAAUUAUCUAACGAUAUGUCAGUAUUAGGUCGACGUCAUAGUUUGGCUGGACUCGAUGUCAAGGAAAAUUCUACUCUCACUUCGUCUAAACCAUCCCGUCAACGAGUUGCACGUACUAGUCCAGUACAUCGUCGAAAUUUUAGCACUAGUAGUAUUCCUUAUCGACGCACACUAAAAUAA